GCGCCGGUUCUAUAGGCCGUUACCGGGGAGGAAAGAUGGUGGAAAUUGCAGCGGCAGCGUGCACAGAACUCCGUCCAAAACAUUUCGGGAAAUAUUCACCAUCUCAGCCUGGCAUAAGAUACCGGUUACCGGGAGACAAGCAAAGAUAAUACACUCUGAAGAAGAGAUUAAAUAGGGCGUUUUUGUGUGCCGGGGAAUGUUACACAAACUGACACACACACACUUGGAUCAAUGGUGUGAAAACGUGGGUGAUGAAGUCACGACGAAGUUGUGAAACGAAAUAUAACUGGUUGUGAAUUUUGUUGUAAAAGUGAGAAUAUUCGAUGAUUCGCUACAACUGAUCAACAGUCACCUGGAACUGUUUUUUUAUUAUUAUUUAAUCUCACUCCCGCUUUGUCCGAUUCCCGUAAAGCUGAGAGUGUGCUAGUGUGUGUGUUAGUGUGUGUGUGUGUGUGUUGAGCGGCUAAAGCAGCAUUAGCUUGUGUUGGAUCAACUGACAGCAUGCCACGGAGCAGAAAAGGGAAACGUGGGGCCACGUCAAGUAAGGGUUCACUUCGACAGGAAGUACUUCUGUUGCAGCUUUCAGCCAAGACUCCACUGUCACGUCCAGGAAAGAAUGGAGGAAAAGGAGGGUCCGGUGCCAGUGAUGACGAAUUGGCAUCUGAUGUGCUCAGUCAUUACAGCAGUGCCAGUGAGAGUGCCUCAGUGCUGGAUGAAGGAACAGGUGAAGUAGUGGAUGAACAAACUGCUCAGGAGGAAACCGAAGACAAGCUCAAGCAGUGUAUUGACAACCUGAUGGACAAGAGCGUGAAGACCCGACUAGCAGCGCUGGAGAGUUUGCGAUUAGCCUUCUCCUCCAGAGUGCUGUAUGACUUCCUGCUGGAGAGACGCCUCACCAUCGGCGACUGUCUGGAGCGCAGCCUGAAAAAAGGUGGCGGAGAGGAGCAGGCUGCAGCAGCCACAUUGUCUGCUCUCCUCUGUAUUCAGCUGGGAGGUGGAUUCGAAGGCGAGGAAGCCUUUAAGAUGUUCCGCCCUCUCCUUAGCUCCAUCCUGACUGACAGCUGUGCCAGCCUAUCAGCUCGUCAGAGUUGUGCCCGAGCAUUGGGCAUGAGCUGCUAUGUGUCUGCAUCAGACAACGCUGAGGAUUUGGUGACGUGUAUGGGGCAUUUGGAGAGCGUGUUUGUGGGAGCGUAUCCGCUGGGUGAUGGUAGCUUACCAACUGUUAAAGCUGGAACUCCAGCUCUUCACAGUGCUGCACUUCAGUCCUGGGCUCUGCUUGGCACUCUGUGUCCUGCUUCCCAUAUCAACAACAUGGUCAGCCAUCACUUGUCUCGGCUACAGGCCUGUUUGGAGAGCAGUGAGGUUAAUUUCAGGAUCGCUGUAGGAGAAACCAUGGCUCUUCUGUAUGAACUGGCACGAGAAGUUGACGAGGAGUUUGAGUACGAGGAUUGUGACGUGCUGUGCGAGAGUCUAAAGCGUUUAGCAACAGACGGAAAUAAACAUCGGGCCAAAAAUGACCGACGCAAGCAGCGCUCCAUCUUCCGCGAGGUCCUGCAUUACAUCGAGUCCGAGGAUUUCUCUGAGGAGAAGAUCCGUUUUGGAGUCGAAGUCCUCUACCUUGAUGGUUGGAUGCGUCGCCGGAUUUAUGAUGCCUUUAAAGAGGUGCUGGAGUCUGGAGUGAGCCACCACCUGCAGUUUAACCCACUACUGAGAGAUGUUUUUGGACUUGGAGCGCCGCUUAUUCUGGACCCUUCAGUCAAGGCCACCCGGAUCUCCCGCACCGAAAAACACCUUUUUAAUUCAGCUGCGUUUAAAGCCCGGACAAAACUACGGAACAAAGUGAGGGACAAACGUGCUGACGUGAUGUGAUGGUGCUGAGGGAGAAGACUUGAUGCAGAAGGAGGAACACUACACACCUCUUUUGAGCUCACUUGAAAUGUUAAAACAGCAACUGCCAAACCAGGGACUUGACAAUGCAAAUGGUGUGUGUGUGUGUGUGUGUGUGAGUAAAUGUGUGUGUGUGUGGAGUAAAUGUGUGUGUGUGUGGAGUAAAUGUGUGUGUGUGUGGAGUAAAUGUGUGUGUGUGAGGAGUAAAUGUGUGUGUGU